AUGUUCAUUUAUAAAGUCCAAUGUCGUUUUACCCGUAGAUAUCAUAACCUGCGAUUAAUUGAGAAUCACGUUCGUGUUUGGCCCAUGACUAAAUGGUUUAUAAGAAAUUUGAUUACUGUAGACGAGCAAGAUAACAUAACCAUCGUGGUGAACAUUCAAUUUGCCCUAUACGUUAUCGUCUGGAUUGUGGAAUCCAAUUUCAGUGUUUUCUUAGUGGGAUGUAAGCCGUAUUGCUUGGUUCUGCAACCGUCUGUCUGCCUGGUCAAAGCUUGUAUAGUUUUUAUUUGCCAAUCAAUGUACCUGUCAUUGUAUCUGGUUUCUGAAUCUAUCAAAUGGCACAAUUGGUGUCUGGCUGCCCAACUGGUUAGAAUAGUCCCCGUUUGCCUAGUAUCCGAGCUGGUAGCAUCCUGGAGAACCGGGCUACCUAUCGGUACGGCCAUACGAGCUGGUAGCAACCUGGAGAACCCGGCUACCUGCCAAUACUAG